AUGGAGGCGGCCGCGGACGAGGACGAGCUCGCCGAGACCCAGUGCUUCGCGCCGAGCCAGUCGGCCCCCGCCGCGCGCGCGGCGAACGGCACGCCGCGGGCGAGGCUCGUGUCCACCCUCGGGCCGGGGACCUGCUACGAGAUGGGCGGAGAGGGCGGGGCCGGCGACAGCGGCCCCGUGGACCCCAGCGCCGUCUUCGUCCGAGGCCUUCCGGAGGGCACAGACGACGCGGCGUUGCGGGCGUGGUUCGAGUCCAAGAUCGGGCCAGCGGUCACCUGCUGGACCCUAAAGGGCGGCUCAGGCCUCGUGAAGUUCAGAGAGGAGCCGGACGCCCAGCGCUGCCUCGACGAGCUGGACGGGGCGGAGUACGAGGGCUCCGCGCUGAAGCUCCAGCCCGCCAAGACGAAGCGGCAGGGCAGGAGGGCCGCCGCCCACGGCGGGCAGGCCGCCCCGGCCGCCCGGGCCGUGGCCUGGGGCUCCUCGGCCUCGUCCACCGCGCCCGGGGGCGGCGGCGGCGCCGCGGGGGCCGCCCGCGCCGAGGGCGGGGCGCGGGACCUCCGCGCGGCCCUCGGAGGGGUCCGGCUCUCGGGCCUGCCGGCCAGCGCGAAGAAGGGCGGGGCCGGCGACAGCGGCCCCGUGGACCCCAGCGCCGUCUUCGUCCGAGGCCUUCCGGAGGGCACAGACGACGCGGCGUUGCGGGCGUGGUUCGAGUCCAAGAUCGGGCCAGCGGUCACCUGCUGGACCCUAAAGGGCGGCUCAGGCCUCGUGAAGUUCAGAGAGGAGCCGGACGCCCAGCGCUGCCUCGACGAGCUGGACGGGGCGGAGUACGAGGGCUCCGCGCUGAAGCUCCAGCCCGCCAAGACGAAGCGGCAGGGCAGGAGGGCCGCCGCCCACGGCGGGCAGGCCGCCCCGGCCGCCCGGGCCGUGGCCUGGGGCUCCUCGGCCUCGUCCACCGCGCCCGGGGGCGGCGGCGGCGCCGCGGGGGCCGCCCGCGCCGAGGGCGGGGCGCGGGACCUCCGCGCGGUCCGGCUCUCGGGCCUGCCGGCCAGCGCGAAGAAGGAGGAGGUCAGGGCUUGGGUCGAGAAGUGCUUGCCCGGCGGCUGCGGGCUGGAGAGCGUCCGGCGUGCGCUCGGCGAGGGCGACGACGCUGGGUCGGCCUCCUUCGUGGUCUCCUUCCACAAGGAGAGCAACGGCCGCCGUGCGCUGGAGGCCCUCCACGGAGCCAAGCUGAAGGGCCGGGUGGUAUCCGCCUCCUUCCGCGCCCUGGAGGUCAGCCGCCACAGCGCGAAGGCCGGGAGGCUGAUCGUGCGGAACCUGGCCUUCAGCGCCACCGAGAAGGCCCUGCGAAAGGCCUUCGGGAAGCUGGGGCCCCUGGCCGAGGUCCACCUGCCCGCGAAGGCGGGCGGCGGGAGCGGCAAGCCGGCUCCGCACCGCGGCUUCGCCUUCGUGCAGUACGUCGACCCCGCGCUGGCCGAGCGCGCCGUGGCGGAGCUGAACGGCAGCAGGAUCUGCGGGCGCGGUGUGGCCGACUGGGCGGUCAGCGCGGAGCUGUACGGGAGCUUGCGGCGAGAAGAGGAGAAGAGGAAGGCCAAAGCCGACCGCGGGGCGCCCGACAGGCCGACCAAGGCGGCGGCGAGAGGCGCAGACGAGGGCCUUCCCAGAGGCGGCGGCGACGAGGAGGGCGAGGCGUCUAAGGAUGAGUCGGAGCACGAAGGUGCAGAGGACGACGAGGGCGAGGAGGAGGAGGAGGAGGAGGAGGAGGAUGAGAAGGCGGCAGCCGCCAGCUUGGACCCGGACGCGGAGAUGCGCCGUAUGAAGGGCCUUCUCGCCGAUGGCGCCGAGGAGGACGAGGAGGAGGAGGAGGACGAGGAGGAGGACGACGAGGACGACGGUUCCAAGCAGGUGAAGGUAACGUCCAAAGCCAAGGGUGGCAAGGACGGCCAGAAGAAGCCGCUCCGCAAGUCUGGCUACGACGUGGGCGAGGGCCGCACGAUCUUCGUGCGGAACGUGCCCUUCGACGCCACGGAGCAGGACCUCCGGCAGUGCCUGAAGGCCUACGGCGGGGUGGCCUCCGUGAAGUUCGUGCAGGACCGGACCGGCCAGAACCCGCACCGGGGGUCCGCGUUCGUCAAGUUCCUCGAGGCCGAGGGGGCCAACGCCGCCCUCGCCGCCGAGAGCGAGGCGCAGCGCAAGCUCAAGGAGCUCUCCGCCGUGGUCAAGCGGAGCGAGACCCGGGACCUGCCGCCGGUGGAGGGCUUCGGCGUGUGCCUCAAGGGCCGCAGGCUCAUCGUGAGGCAGGCGGUGGCGCCGCAGGAGGCGGCGAAGAUCGUGGAGGAGAAGAAGCCCGAGAAGGGCGCCGCCCGCAGGGAGAAGAUGGGGUGGAUGCACCUCCUGCACGUGGGCGAGAUCAACGAUACGUCCCACAAGUGGGCGAGCCUGUCCAAGUCAGAGCAGAGGCAGCGGCAAGCCUCCAUGAAGGAGCGCAAGUUCCGCAUCAACAACCCCAACUUCGCGAUCCACCCGCAGCGCCUGAGUGUGCGGAACCUGCCACACAACGUUGACGUGAACCGCCUGAGAGAGGUCGUGGUGGACUUCCUCAGCCAGGCAGAUGGCAGCAGCGGCAAGGGGAUAAAGAGCCGGAGGAAGGAGGCUCAGGCGAGCAUCGCCAAGGCGAGCCUGGUGCGCGACUCGGAGCGGAGGACGGCGGACAACGUGAAGCGAUCGCGUGGCUUCGGGUUCGUGGCUUUCAAGGACCACAAGACAGCCAUGAAGGUCCUCGAGUACCUCAACGACAAUCCGAGGGCCUUUGGGGGCACCCGGCGCCCGAUCGUGGAGUUCGCGAUCGAGGAUAAGCGGAAGCUCCGCGUGAUGGAGGACGUCCUCCAGAAGAAGAAGCAGGCCAUGGAGAAGAAGCGGGCCGACGCCAUCGCGGAGGGCAACAAGCAGAGGUACGGGGCCCCGGCAGAGCCGGACGCCGCAGGCAAGCACCUGGAGAGCGGGAAGAAGAAGGUCAAGAAGCACACGGAGAGCCGCGGCCGCAAGCAGCGGGAGAAGAGGCGCGCGCAGAGGGCCCUGGAGGCGCAGCAGGCCAAGGAGAGGGCCGCGGUGGAGUCCGUCAAGGCGGUGAAGCAGGCCAAGUGGAGGCAGCAGCGCGCCGCGGAGAAGGCGGCCGCGGCCCCGAAGAAGAGGAGCUGGCGCGAGGUGUCCGACGCGGCGCAGUCCGGGAAGAAAGCGCGCAGGCAAGGCCCGGGCGAGCUCACCGACGACUUCGAGCUCCGGGCCCUCGAGCGCUUCCGGCAGGGCCGCGGCGGCAGCUGA